AUGUUUAAGAAACUAUCGCUUCAAUUCCAUAAAUCACCACAUGUUGAAGCAGCAAUUCAUCAUCAGGAUCAUAUCAACCGGGAUUCCUUAAUAGACCCAAAUGUUGAUUCAUCAGCAGGAUAUUCUCGAGAUACUUUUAUUGAACCCAAUACAUCCACCAUGGCCGCCAAACCUGUCAGCACACUAUCCAUGAACUCAUACCAGUACACUGAGCAUGAUCAAUCUCAUUAUGCUUCCUACAACUAUCAUCAAGAUGACGACGAUCACCACAUCAACGACGGUGAUGAUUUGAAACUCCCUCCAUUAACAAUAGAUCAUCCAUCAGGUACAAUAAGUUCUCUUGCCAUCGCUUCGCCUGCUUCUAUCCCGUCACCCAUUACACCCAUCGCCCACACAAGUAACAAACAGCUUUCUCCUGAAGCACAAGUAGAAGCAUUUGUUCAUGAAGGCAUUUCAUUCCAUGAAAAGGGUCAAUUGGAGAAGGCAACUCAACAUUUCCGUAUUGGAGCUGAAAAGGGUAAUCCAAUUGGCAUGUUUCUUUAUGGCGUCUCGUUACGACAUGGAUGGGGAUGCAAGAAGAAUGAACAUGUUGCUUUCCAGUAUCUACAAAAGGCUGCAGAACAUGCUGUUGAAGAUUUAACCAACAUCAAGAAUACGGUCAAUGCGUCUGCUUCCAAGGGCGAGCUCAUCAUGGCUAUUUAUGAGCUGGGUGUUUCGUUCAGACAUGGAUGGGGAUGCAAGAAAAACAAGGAAUCUGCAGUGCAAUUUUUUAAAAUUGCUGCUGAUUUAGGUGAUCCGGAUGCACAAAACGAUCUUGGUCAUUGUUACUACCAUGGACAAGGUGUCAAAAAAGACUUGUAUCUUGCUGCAAAAUACUACCGCAAAGCAGACAAGCAAGGCCAAGGUAUCAUGGGCAACAGUUGGAUUUGGAAGCCCAAAUAUGAUAAACCUAAAUAA